AUGUCAGUUUUAUCUUCCGAAAUCUGUAUUUUUUUGCCCUUCUAUUUAUUUCUUGGCAUUCUGGUAAGAUUUACUGAGACUUUGAAUGACCUUGUUGUGCACGAAUACCAGUUUUUUUUUUUGUCAACCAUUACCCUGUUAUUCACUACAAGGCACAGCAUUGCCUCGUUGUGUUUUCUUGCAUCAAACGGCAAACUCUGCUUGUUUACACAGAAGUACGUUUUUUUAAAAAACAAAAACAGUCAAAUGGAGAGGCAAGUGUUGGCUUUGAGGGCAGUUAUAAAAAAGCACAGUCCCAAGAAGGAGACUCUGGAUCCGAGGAAGUGGAUGAGAGAGGAGACGACACGUGGCUUCCGUGACUUUAUACUGAGCAAUCACUCUGACAGAGAGGCAGACAGUGGCUUCGACGACAAAGAAAUGUUGCUCGAUGCGGAGAAGGAGUUUAUAGAAGCGGCAAAGAGGAACGACGUGGAGACCAUGAGGAGUGUCGGAAGGGGCAUAAAUGCCAACGCAAAGAAUGUGAACAACAGGACUGCCCUUCACUAUGCAGCAGCUGGCAAGAACAAGGAAGCUGUGAAGCUUCUUCUGCAGCGCAGGGUCAAAGUGGACCAGAAGGACAAGCACGGUGUGGCACCCAUUCAUUUGGCUGCCUGGUUCGGCAGUUUGGAGAUCUUGAAAUUGUUAGUGCAAGCUGGGGCCGAACAGAAGGUUGAGAAUGAGGAGGGAUUCAACAUCAUGCACUGUGCUGCCAUCAACAACCACACUGAGAUCGUGGAGUACAUUGUGAACGACCUACAGAUGAAAGAACUAGACAAAGAGGAUCAGUCGGGGAACCGAGCCUUCGCGUUAGCUGCAGAGCACGGUUGUGUUGACAUGUUAGAGAUGCUCAUGGACCCAUACCAGAUGUCCACCAUGUCGCCCAACAAGACGGGCCACACGCCCCUGCACUUAGCUGCCAGAAACGGACACCUGAACACCGUCAACCUGCUGCUGCUGAGCUUCGAUAACAGAGAUGAAGUCAAUAUGGAGGGAGAAACUGCUCUGUACCAGGCUGCAGACAACGACCAUGAGGAAUGUGUUGUGGCUCUGCUGGAGGCUAACUGUGACCCCAACAUCCUCACAUCGACGAAAAGCAGCGCACUCCAUGCGGUUUCCGAGAGAGGAGACACGUCUCUGGUCCAGAUCCUCUUAGACUACGGCACUCACGCCGACUUCCAGAAUCAGCACCUGGAGACUCCUCUUCACCUGGCGGUGAUCCACAGUCACAUCCCCGUCAUCCACACUCUGCUACAAGGCGGCUGCAACAUUAACCUCACCAAUAAGAGGUCCCAGACUGUGAUGCAUAUCGCUGCAGAGUUGGCCAGAAUAGAUGUCGUGGACAUGCUUCUUAAAAAUGGACUGGAUUUAACAAUCCAGGACAAGAAGCAGGGGAAAACCGCUCUGGGAGUCGCAGCCAGAGCUGACGAGGUGAUUAUUGUGGACAUGAUCAUCAAAGCAGAGCGAUACUACAAAUGGAGGGAGAUCAAUCCCGAGCUUAAUGAGAGUGUCCACAGCGAGUGUCCGCUGACGUUCAAACCCGACCACCGCAACGAGACCAAGCAGCUCCGCUCCAUGGCCUGGCAUCUGGCGUACAAGCUCCUGAAACCAGGAGGCUGGAAAAAGCUGGCAGAGCACUGGAACUUCACCGCGGAGCAAGCGUCUGCCAUCGAGGAACAGUGGACAGGUCAGCAGAGCUACCAAGAGCACGGAAACAGGAUGCUGCUGAUCUGGCUUCAUGGGGAGGAGUUGGCUCAGCGGAGCCCAGCAAAAGAACUCUACAACAGCCUCAUCGUCACGGGGAACCAGAAAGCUGCGGAUAAGAUUCGGAUGGAGUCGGAGCACGUCCACCAGAGGAACUGCACCAUUUCAUGAGGACGCCACAUUUUUACAGCAUUGACAACUACUGCUCUGUACAGGAAAGUUAGCAGUAAAAUAAUUUAUUUUAAAAAUAAAAUUGUGCAUCAAAUAGUUGUGACAUAUGGCUUUAGUUUAGUGAAACAGCCUGCGUUGGGACGGUUUCAGUAGAAAACAUUAGUUGCACAAACAUUUAAAAUAUGUGGUUUUACACAUGACGGCCUAAGUAAAACUCUUUAUAGUAAUACAUUUUUUGCAAUUCGCAAAUAAAAACUUUUACAGAUCUAA